UUCUCGAUGCCACGCGAAUUCGCACGCGCCGCUCUGCCAUAUUAUCCGUGACGCGAAAUUCAUAAUCCGAAAUACAUUAAAUCGGUUCCAAAUUGCGCAGCAGUCUAGCAAGUCGUGAAAUAUCUGUGAAAUAUUUAGACAAGUGAACGGCGACAGAACUGUCGUUGAAAGUAGUGAACAACUGUGAGAACAACUGAACAAUAACUACAAAAUGCUGAAGUUAUUCAAAAAACCCAAAGACAAAAUACCCAAGUCGGAGAUCAUAACCGAACCCAAAGAACCCAAAACGCCGCCGGUCUCCAAAUGCGGCAAACCCCUGCAGCUGGACAACUCGCGCUGGGAGCGCCGCCUGCACAAAGAGCUGAUGUCCUUGAUCAAGGAGCCGCCACCGGGAGUGACCGUGGAUACCGAAAGCGUACAGCAAAACUUAUCCGAAUGGAAAAUAAACAUUAAAGGUUUCGAGGGCACACUUUACGAGGGCGAGGACUUCCAGCUGCUGUUCAAAUUCAACAAUAAAUAUCCCUUUGAUUCGCCAGAGGUGACCUUUAUCGGCAGCAAUAUACCCGUGCAUCCACAUGUCUACAGCAAUGGACACAUCUGCCUAUCCAUUCUGACCGAGGACUGGUCGCCGGCGCUGUCCGUGCAAUCCGUGUGCCUUAGCAUAGCUUCCAUGUUGAGCAGUUGCCGCGAGAAGAAGCGUCCACCGGACAACACGCUCUACGUAAAGACCUGCAAUAAGAAUCCCAAAAAGACUAAAUGGUGGUACCACGACGAUUCUGUUUAGUUAGAGGUGCAAUUUAUGACUACUGCCUGCUGAUGUCUGCUUUGCGCAUCCACCCACAAAAAAAAAAAAAAAAAAAACCAAUAGCAAUACAGAAGUAUCUGCCCCAGAUAUCCCAGAGUUAUGGGGCAGCGACCAGUAUAAGUGUACACUCGCAAGUGGAGUAGACUCGCCAGACAGCCCAAGUGCACUCGGAUGCGGACGCAAUAUGCAACAAAGCGAAUCGAGUCAACGAGUAACCUAUCAGUAGAGUUUGGCAAACAAUCAUAGCGCAUGCAACCGAUUCUAAUUAUAGCUAUGUAUAAUCAACAAAAGGCGUGUGCGAUAAAACUAUUAUUAAAUGUUAACAUUUUAAUUAGAUUGUUAAGACCAAAAUUUAUGUCUAAAUUAAAUGUUAUGCUACCAUCUAACUACUAGGCGUAUGUAAACCAACCAACCGACGUGAACGUUUGAUAGUUCUGGCACUUAUCGCCAGUCGCUGCUUCCACAUUCCACGAGCAUCGUUUGAGGCAUCCGGUCCCAGUAGCGUAAUCCAAUCCACAUAUGAAGCCUCCUUCCCAGCUUAUUUUAAUUGUGUAUAUUUAAUCAUCCUAGAUGCAUUGCGAAACUCAUGAGCUCAUAGUUAAGUUUACAACAUUUCAAAUGUAUUACAAGUCAUAUACCCUAAUCUCACUCAUUGUCACCAGUCCGGCACUCUGUAAUCUUCCCCCAUUGCCCAUUGCCCAUGCAUAGGUCGCUAAGUUAACCAGUUCAUGUACUUGGCUAGGAUAGUCCAUCUGUGGCCAAAAUCUCGCAAGUGGCACGAUCGCAGAACACAUUUACCUCUUACUGUGCAAGUAGAACUAAGGAUGUGACGAGGUACUACCUUACAAUUAAACUGUAAUCUGUGUAAUGUAUAAAGAGCCCAACUAAAUCCAAUGUAUGUUUAUCUAGCAUAUGUGCUAUGCCUAUAAAUAUUUACUGUUAAAAAGUAUUUAAAAUAAAACCAAGUCUGUAAUCAAAA